AACUAUCGGAAACAAAAACAAACCCAACAUAAAUAAAUAAAUACAUAUGUAUAUAUCCACAUUCAACUCUUCCCUUCUUUCCCUCUUCCCUUUCAAACCCACAUUUGUUUUCUUCUUUUGUUUUCCUCAGAUUUCUCUCCCCUUUCCUAAGUCUCAUCGCCCUCCCCACGAUUCUCUUUCUUCUUCUAUAUAUAUUAUCCAUAAAGCUAUAACCAUCUCUGGGUUUGCGUUGCAACGCAAUAGACAUGGCUUCUUCAAUCUCGGUUCCAUGCCCCAAGAUCUCUUCUUUUUUAGGAACAAAUCAACUAAGCCAAACUCAAAGGAUCUCUUUGCCUCUUCCUCAAAGUUCCAAGUCUAGCUCCAAGUCUUCCCUGUCAUUUGGAUCUUCAAUCCUGGUACCUGCAUUUUCAAGAUGUCAGUGGUCUAAUGGGAAGCAAACUACUGCAUUCAAGGGGCAUGCGCAACUUAAUGAGGUUGCUGCAGAGAAAUCCUCAAAUUCUAUACCAGUAGUUGAUGCGAAGCCUAAAGUUGAGUUGCCCAAGGAAAAUGAUAAAUCUUCAGAGAACACUAUUCCAGAUGUUGCAGCAAUCUCAGCAUUCAUGACGCAAGUUUCAGACCUUGUUAAACUUGUUGAUUCAAGAGAUAUUACAGAGUUGCAACUGAAGCAGUCAGAUUGCGAGCUUGUAAUAAGAAAGAAGGAAGCUUUGCAGCCGCCAGAACCAGCGCCUCCCAUCGUCAUGCCACAAUACAUGCCUCAUGCAAUGUUUCAAACUCCACCUCCUGCAGCCCCAAUAGCAGCUCCUGCUCCUGUAAGCCCAGCCACUCCAGCACCAGCACCUUCCUCACCUCCCCCUGCUAAAACAGGCAGUUCAUCUCAUCCUGCCUUCAAAUGCCCCAUGGCUGGAACCUUUUACAGGAGUCCUGCACCAGGUGAACCACCAUUUGUCAAGGUCGGAGAUAAAGUACAGAAAGGUCAAGUUGUCUGCAUCAUCGAGGCUAUGAAACUGAUGAAUGAAAUUGAAGCUGACCAAUCCGGAACCAUAAGCGAGAUAUUGGUAGAGGAUGGAAAAUCAGUUAGUGUAGACUUGCCUCUAUUUGUGAUUGUGCCCUGAAUAACUUGGGAAAGCACCUGUUUCAAGCUCUGUGGCAGACGAUGUUUUUGGUUUAAUCUUUAUUGGGUUUUACACAUAAAUCUUAUCCAAAUUACUGUUGUAAUUUUUGAACUAAUACUGCUUCUCUUGUGCUUCUGAGAAUUAUACUGUUAUGUUUGAUACUUAGAACUAGGCAAGGCACAAGACUUCUCUUACGAGAUUCAACUCUUUGUGCUUAGCUUUGAACGUUUAGCCAAUAUAACUUAUUCCACUUCUGUCUUUCUCAACAA